AUGCCAUUCUUCAAAGCCUACAUCACCGUAUACGUAUGUAUGGCUACUAAAGCCGUGCACUUGGACCUUGUGUCGGAUCUGACCACUGGCACAUUCAUUGCGAGCCUGCGAAGAUUCGUCGGCGGUAGAGGAAAGCCUGCGCAUAUCUACUGCGAUAACGCCACGAACUUUGUUGGAGUACAGCGAGAACUGGAAGAACUGCGGAAGCUUUUCCGGACUCAAGUUCACCAAGAUACCGUACCAAACGAAUGCGCAGACAACGGAAUACAGUUCCACUUCAUCCCACCUCGCUCUCCCACAUUCGGUGGAAUUUGGGAAGCCUGCGUGAAAUCCGUGAAGACCCUGCUUCGCAAAAUCCUCGGAAAUGCCCACCUAACCGAAUCCGAGCUGCAAACCGCAUUGAUUCAGGUCGAGUCAAUGCUAAACUCUCGCCCAAUCACGCCGUUGCAGGACAAUCCAUCCGAUGAAAUUGCUCUGACUCCAGGACAUUUCCUGAUUGGUCGUCCGUUGAAUGCGGCAACUGAUCCAGAUUACCGUGAAGUUCCUGAAUCCAGGUUGUCUCGAUGGGAACGAGUACAACAGCUAACUCAGCAUUUCUGGAGUCGUUGA